AUGACCGAUCUCGCCGCCCGCCUCACCAAGCGACUCGCCGACGCAAACAAAAACGUCAACCUGGUCUUCUCGCCGCUCUCCAUCUACGCCGUCCUCGCGCUCCUGGCCGCCGGCGCUGGCGGGGCAACCCUGGAGGAGAUCCUCCGCGUCUUAGGCGCGCGGUCGCGCCGCGAGCUAGAGGACUCGGUGGCGUUUCACCGGGAGGGGCCCCUCAGAGACAUGUCUGAGUCCGGCGGGCCGAGCGUGGCGUUCGCGUACGGCGCGUGGAGCGACCUGACGCGGCCGAUAAAGCCGGCCUACCGCGACGCCGUCGUCGGCACCUACAAGGCUGAGGCCAGCGUCGUGGACUUCCUCAACGAUCCAGAGCAGGCAACGCGGCAGAUCAACACCUGGGUCGCGGAGGCCACGAGGAACCUCAUCACGUCCGUCGUACCUCCGAGAUCUCUGGACCCGAACACCAGGCUCGUGCUAGCCAAUGCUGUCUACUUCAAAGGCAAGUGGAACCUGGCGUUUGACGAGAGACAGACCACGAACAAGCCAUUCUACCGGCUCGAUGGCACUGCCGUCAACGUCCCGUUCAUGACCAACUACUCUAGGCACUACAUCGCGGAGCACGACGGAUUCAUGGUGCUCAAGCUACGCUACAAGAGCUCAUCAUGUACCCGAUUACACCACUGCAUGUGCAUCUUCCUCCCGGACUCGCUCGACGGCCUAGGGAGCCUGCUGGACAAGAUCACGUCAUCCCCAGACUUUCUGCGUGAGCACCUGCCACAGAGCACGGUCAGGGUAGGCCAGUUUCAGGUGCCCAAGUUCAAAAUUUCCUUUAAUAGAAGCGUCACCGCCGUCCUCAACGAUUUGGGUCUCCGGCUACCUUUCACUCCAGAGGCCGACCUCUCUGACAUGCUUGAGGAAGGCGGCUCCGACUUGCCGCUCCUCGUGCAUGACGUCUUCCAAAAGGCUGUCUUCAUCAUCGAAGAGGAGUCACACACAGUCAUCUUUGCGGGACAUGUUGUCGACCCUAGCAAUGGUGCCGGAGUGGCGAUCCCGUUCCCUGCCCCGUUUCAGGAGUACACCACAACAAAAAGAAAUUGUGACGAGGCCACUGAUGUAUAUGGUUCAUCUUUCCCUGCAUACAGUCCGGUAUCGCCUGCAUACAGCAGUCCGGCAUCAUCGGUAUAUGAUCCAGCACUCCCCGCUCGUCCAGUAUCGUCGAUAUAUAAUCCAUCACCCCCUAGGUACAGCCCAAUAUCGCCGGUAUACAGACCGACUGUUCCGUUUGAGUCGGACAGGAGCGGUUACAUAAGCAUGUUCCUGUUCGUCAUUGCGAUGGAUGUGCUCCCUGCCAUGUUCCGCUUCGUGGAAGACACCAGUGCCCUCUCAGACCUCUCCUCCAUUGGGAUCCGCCAUCGGGUGUCCCUCUACGCCGACGACGUGGUCGUGUUUGCGAGGCCAAAUGCAGCUGACGGUGGUUUGGGGAACCCUUGGUUGCUUUGCUGCGGCUUCUAG